AUGCGGCCGCAGCUAUUCCGCGCGGCCGCCCGGUCUGUCCGGGUUCCAAAGGCCAAUGCUGCCAGGGCGUUCGCAACCACAAUCCCUCGUUCUGCUGAGGUGGAACUCACAAUUGAUGGCAAGAAAGUCUCGGUAGAAGCUGGCUCGGCUCUUAUUCAAGCAUGCGAGAAGGCUGGAGCUACAAUUCCUAGAUACUGUUAUCAUGAAAAACUAAUGAUUGCAGGAAACUGCCGCAUGUGUCUAGUCGAAGUCGAAAGAGCCCCCAAACCAGUGGCAUCAUGUGCCUGGCCCGUCCAACCGGGUAUGAAUGUCAAAACAAGUUCUCCAUUAGUGCAUAAAGCUAGGGAGGGGGUUAUGGAGUUCCUUCUUGCGAAUCACCCUCUUGAUUGUCCAAUUUGUGAUCAGGGAGGAGAGUGUGAUCUUCAAGACCAAUCGAUGCGGUACGGUGCGGACCGCGGACGUUUUCACGAACUUAGUGGCAAGCGCGCUGUUGAAGACAAGAACAUUGGUCCCUUGGUCAAAACUUCUAUGAACAGAUGCAUCCAAUGCACUCGUUGCGUCCGAUUCAUGAAUGAUGUUGCUGGCGCCCCCGAGCUCGGAACCACUGGCCGAGGAAACGAUUUGCAGAUUGGGACUUAUCUGGAACAGAAUCUGGAUACCGAGCUUUCCGGCAACAUUAUCGACCUUUGCCCUGUUGGUGCCCUGACCUCGAAACCAUAUGCCUUCCGCGCUCGUCCUUGGGAGCUGAAACACACCGAAUCCAUCGAUGUGCAUGACGCUCUAGGGUCCAACGUCCGGAUAGAUACCCGUGGAAUGGAAGUGAUGCGCGUUCUACCGAGACUCAAUGACGAUAUUAAUGAGGAAUGGAUCAAUGACAAAUCCCGUUUCGCAUGCGAUGGUCUUAAAACUCAGAGACUUACUACACCCUUAAUCCGACAGGAAGGAAAGUUUGUUCCUGCGACAUGGGAGCAAGCCCUAACCGAAAUUGCAUCUGUUCACCAAAAAGUACAGCCAAAAGAGAACGAGUUCAAGGCCAUUGCCGGCCACCUCGUGGAUGCGGAAACCAUGGUUGCCAUGAAGGACUUGACCAACAAACUCGGCUCUGAUAACCUUGCCUUGGAUCAGCCCGGCGGUUACUCACCCAUCGCCCACGGUAUUGACAUCCGCUCGAACUAUCUCUUCAACUCUAAGAUCUAUGGAAUCGAGGAGGCAGAUGCCAUACUUUUGGUUGCAACGAACCCUCGCCAUGAAGCUUCUGUUCUUAAUGCUCGCAUUCGCAAGCAGUACCUUCGCUCCGAUCUCGAGAUCGGUCUCGUUGGAGAAACGUUUGAUAGCACUUUCGACUUCGAACACCUCGGCUCGGAUGUUGGUGCUCUGAAAGUCGCCCUUUCAGGUUCCUUUGGCAAGAAGCUGGCUUCCGCUAAGCGACCCAUGAUUAUUGUCGGCAGUGCUGCAGCAGAGCAUGAAAGUGCAAAGGCAAUUUUUGAGGCAGUCGGAAGCUUUGUAGAGAAGCACUCCAGCAACUUCAACACCCCGGAAUGGCAGGGUUAUAACGUUCUUCAGCGCGCGGCGUCGCGUGCGGCCGCGUACGAAGUCGGCUUCACCACACCAUCUCCAGAAGUAGCGCAGACAAAGCCCAAGAUGGUUUGGCUACUUGGCGCGGACGAAGUUAGACAGUCCGAUAUUCCUAGUGACGCAUUCGUUAUCUACCAGGGACACCAUGGUGACCGCGGAGCUCAGAUUGCAGAUGUUGUUCUGCCAGGGGCUGCCUAUACUGAGAAAUCAGGUACCUACAUCAACACCGAAGGCCGUGUUCAAAUUACUCGUGCAGCAACUUCGAUGCCUGGUGCUUCCCGUGAUGACUGGAAGAUUGUCCGUGCCACUAGCGAGUUCCUAAACACCCCUCUCAUGUACGAUGAUAUUGAGGCCCUUCGCGACCGCAUGGAAGAGAUUAGCCCUGUCAUGCGUCGUUACGAUGUUGUCGAACCCGCCUCGUUGGCCCAACUAAGCAAAGUUCAACUGGUCGAUCAAAACAAGGGUGCUAAUGUAACCAGCACACCCUUCAAGAAGGUGAUUGAAGAUUUCUAUUUCACAGACUCCAUCUCCAGAAGUUCACCAACGAUGGCUCGCUCCUCAGCGGCCAAGGCCUCUGGGAACCCUGAUACAAACUACAUGUCUACAGGUGGUGAAGUGUCUCCCCAGCAUAUGUACGGUUAA